AUGAGAACUCCUCCGGCGCUGCCGAGUCUUCUACUUACCUCGACAACACUCUCGACACUAGCUUGUCCGUCACCAAAAGAGCACAUCCUCAAGCGGUGGUACAGUGUUUGGAUUCCUGCCGAAGGCGAUCCCCGUGCCAUUGGGGCGUGGCCUGUGGUUGAAGGACGUCCAGGAAGUCCUCGCAUCCAGCCAGUCCGGUACUGCUGGGCAACUGAAGCCGAUUACGAGACUUUGCACGACCUCUUCAUUCAAGCAGUCGCAAAAUGGAAGAUUGCAAUCAUAACAUCAGCCCUGAGAAUCCAGUCUGAUACCGGAACAGAAAGCGAGCCUCACAAGAAGUGUAUCUGCAGCGAUUCUGGAGUUCGUGACGAUGCCCUGCGGAUUUCUGACAUGACUGGAGGAAACGAAUACCCAAACAGUGCCGGUGUCGCCACCCUGGGAUAUCACUAUGUCCAAAGCCACGCGGGCCGGCACUUCCUCAAGUUUUGUCGCAGUGUCGAUGCAGGAUUUGAUUCUUUAAGUAUGGCUCAUGAGAUCGGUACGGCAUGGAAUCCAGAUUCUUUUGCGUUACAUGUAUCUCAAGCUGACCACGCAGGGCACGUGAUCGGCUUGCUCCACGAACAGGCCAGACCUGACGCGUCCAAGUGGAUCGAGUUUCGAUGUGAGAAUCUUAUAGACUACGAGGCGGCCAAGAAGAGAAUUGGAGCAGCCAAUAAUGGGCACACAAUCAAAGAUGCGUGA